GCCGCUGCUGGGAAUAUAGACUGGGAACCAUCAGCCUCGAUCCACGCUGACAGGAGGAUCCCGACUCCCAUCAGACACCUGUCCCGCAGGACUUGGGAUAGAACUGGAGGCGUCCGAUACAUCCUAGGGGGUGAGUCUGGAGCGGUGCAGAUGUCCCCGCGGUGCAGACGAGGUGCGGACCCCUCCACGUAUGUUAUACGACGGCCUCCUCAAGAAUGCAGCUUGUGACCGUCCUCAGUGUUAAGUGUGUCUGCUGAGCGUAAGAAAAAGAGGAGGCAUGAAUAACUCGGAGGUGUUUGACGCCGGGCCCUACAUGGUGCGGGGCCACAAGCAGCGAUGCCUGUCUGCUGUGGAGCCAGAUGUCCCAAGUGAACUGGAAAUUCAGGAGCACCAGGAGGAGCAAGACAUGUUCCUGGGGGUCCCGAUGAGGAGAUACGGUCCCUCGAGGCGCUCGGUGCACGUCCGAGACUCCUUCCGAAGACACAGCUGGGAGCCGGGCAAGAGGACGCAGGAGGAGCAGGCCAACUAUGACAGCCUCAGUUUGAAGGGCCUGGAUGCUGAGGAGAUGGAGGAGAACAUGGGGUACAAUCGAGACCCCCGACGGACCCCUAUUAUACGCAGCACUGAUGAGUUAGAGUCUUUGCUGUCGCUUCGAGGGGAGGACAUGGAGGUGACACAAGAGGAACACGCCAAAAGACUCCAGGAAUACCUGUCACAGGUCUACUGCUACAGCCCCCUGUCCAAGUCUGUGUCCAUGACCGGGAUUGAUGACGUGGUCCUGUACUCACACAGAAAUCACUUGGGGAAUGGGUUGAGCGCGGUCAGCUGCGGGGAGUUUGACGUCCUGGAAGCUGAUGAGAAGGAGAACAGGAACAAGGAGGAAUCUCGUUUUGAAAGGACAUUGAGCUUCAUCAAGAAGUUUUCAGGAGGGAAAAGUAAGAAUAAAGACAAAGAGAAAAUGAAGGAGCGAGAAAAGGACGCCAAGGACACCCGAUACACUAAUGGACACCUCUUCACCACCAUCACCGUGUCCGGGACCACUAUGUGUUUCGUCUGCAGCAAGAGCAUCACAGCAAAGGAGGCUCUUAUUUGUCCCACGUGCAGCGUCACGAUACACAACCGCUGUAAAGACUCCCUCCCCAGCUGCACGAAGGUGAAGCAGAAGCAACAGAAAGCGGCCUUCCUGAAGAACAGUUCGGCUCUACAGAACGUGUCCUUAAGGAAUAAAUCCACUACAUUAAGGGAGAGACCCAACUCUGCCAUCUACCCAUCUGACAGCCUCCGACACUCCCUGCUAGGCUCACGCCGGGGGCGACCAUCUUUAUCUCUAUCCAAAAGUGUCUCCACGACCAACAUUGCAGGGAAUCUGAACGAUGAGAGUCCCCUGGGAAUACGCAGGAUACUGUCGCAGUCCACAGACUCCCUGAACAUGAGGAACAGAACGCUGUCUGUGGAGUCACUGAUUGAUGAAGGAGGAGCCGAUGUUAUCUGCAGUCAGCUGAUGAGCGAUUUUGCAACAGAUGAGAAAGAGUUUGAGGCAGAUUCGUGGAGCACAGCGGUGGACAAUAAUUAUCUGCAGCAGCACAAGAAGGACGUGAUGAAAAGGCAGGAUGUUAUAUAUGAACUUAUCCAGACCGAGGUCCACCAUGUUCGCACAUUGAAGAUCAUGACCAACUUGUUCCGAAAAGGGAUGCUGGAGGACCUGCAGAUGGAUCCAGCGCUGGCGCAGAAGAUGUUUCCGUGUGUGGAUGAGCUCAGUGACAUUCAUAUCCGCUUCCUCAUUCAACUCCUUGAGAGGCGUAAGGACUCGCUGGCGUCUGACAGCAACAAGAACUUCGUCAUCAACAAGCUGGGUGACAUCCUCAUAAAUCAGUUUUCAGGGACCAACGCAGAACAUAUGAAGAAGGCUUACACUGAAUUCUGCAGCCAGCACCAGAAGGCUGUGAAACUCUACAAGGAAUUGUUCUCUAGAGAUAAGAAAUUCCAGCAGCUGAUACGAAAACUGACUCGUUCCCAGCUGCUUCGGAGACAUGGAGUACCAGAGUGUAUUCUUCUCGUCACCCAGAGAAUCACCAAGUACCCCGUCCUCAUCGAUCGCAUACUGCAGAAUUCUAAAGGUGAUGAGGAAGAGCAUCAAGACUUGGCUUCCUCCCUGACGCUCGUGAAAGACCUUCUUUCUUCCAUCGACCUGGAGGUCUACAAUAACGAAAAAAAUCUGCGUCUGCAAGAGAUCUACCAGAAAGUGGACAGCAAAUCCACAGCCUUGGUUCAAGGAAAUUACUGCUUUAGCAAGGAGGAGCUCCUGAGACGAAAGUUGGUUCACGAAGGUUCCUUGCUGUGGAAGACUGUUGCCGGACGUUUCAAAGAUGUUAUUAUGCUGCUAAUGACUGAUGUCCUCGUUCUACUCCAAGAGAAGGACCAAAAAUUCUACUUUCCAACCCUGGACAGAUCACCCAUUAUUUCCUUACAAAACCUCAUUGUACGUGACAUUGCCAACCAGGAGAAAGGAAUGUUCUUGAUAAGUGCCAAGCCUCCUGAGAUGUAUGAGGUUCAUGCUGCUUCACGAGAAGAUCGGAACACAUGGAUGAAACUCAUUGCACAAUCGGUGAAAGUAUGUCCCAAGCGUGAGGAUUUCCCAUUGAUUGAGACCGAAGUAGAGGCCAAACUGAGAAAGCUGAAAGAGGUCAUACAGCAGAGGGACAGAGAAGUAGCAGACAUCCUUGAAGAAAAGGUGACCCUCUUCACUAAAGUGCUCCAGCUGCAGACAGGAGAAGAUGUCCCCGUGGGUGGUAAUACUCGGAAACUCUUCAGGACUGAGUCAACAGACAGCUAUCGAGGAGAGAAACUCAUCACUGAAGCCAUUAAAGAAGUGGAAGCGCUCAAGGAUGUGAUAUUUUCAAUUGGAACAGAGCAGCUGUCACUUAAAAUGGACCACAACCAUGUAUCUUCAACCACUAGUUACACUGCAUAUACAGAAACCAGCAGUGUAAAUGGAUCCCUAGAUUCUAACAAAGAUGAAGAUCAAAAGGAUCGUAAUGGGAACCAGCUGCAAAAUAAAAGUCCACAGGAGGAGGCUCUGCAGAGGAUUUCCAGCUUGUACAACUUAUUGCACGGCCUACAGGUUGUGGUCACACAGCAGGACAGCCUUCUGAGUCUCCAGAUCCAAGACGGCAGUGAAAAGAAGGAAAGUCUGUCCCGUGCUAAUUCUAGGGACCUAACGGUGGCCGAGCCCUUGUCCAAGAGCAUUGAUAAGCCUGGGACGGAGCUGACCCUGCUUCAGCGGCAACACACUCUACUUCAGGAGGAGCUGCGGCGCAGCAGGAGGCAGUGUGAAGAGCGGGCUCAGGAAGCAGGGACUCUGGAAACCCGUUUGAGGGAGAGUGAGCAGGCAAGAACCAAACUGGAACGAGAGAUGGAAGAAGCAAAGCGACAACUUGCCCAGGUGCAUAGAGAAAGAAGCAAUAGUGGAAUUGAGAUUGUCAGGGUUUCCAGACCAAGUGACCCAAGGAGACGUAGCCUGCCCGCUGGAGAUGCCCUAUACCAAACAUUCACACCUCCUCAGUCAAACAACGACCGACGCUCCACCAUGGCAGAUGGCCCACUACCCAUUAUCACAUUUCAAGAUGAUUCAGACCUAAAAGAUGACUUGAGUGACCUGACCGAGCUUGAAAGACUGCCAGAGACGGCAGACACCGAGUCCUCUGAAGAAGAGGGUGGUGGUCCGCCAACGUCUCCGUCAAGCGCACGAGAGUUUCUGAGAAUGCAGGACAUUCCAGAGGAGGCAGAGAGCAUUCAGGACCUUAGAGAUGCAGAGAUUGGCUCUUCAGAGAGUUGAAGAACUUGGGCUUUGUGACCAUUGCAGACGCAAGAUGGACGAACUGCUCCACCCUGGGGAGUGGUGAAAUAAAGUGACUGAUACUGUUAGUGGAGAAAGAAAUGUCUCUUCCCUCACAGAUUUCAUAGAAUCAAAUGAAAACACAUUUUUUAUUUUAUUUUACCAAGUGUUGCUACACGCAACUGGGAGACCAAUACAGGCCAACAUGUGGGGGUAGGAGAGUCCGUCUCGUGUGUCAAAUAAUGACAUAGACCCUUGUUGACAGCAGUUGGUUAACAUUGCUGAAAUUUAGUAAAAGUAAAAACAAACAAAAAAAACACUGAUUACUUGGUGCUACCAAGUGAACCCUUAAAAUUACAACAUCAGGACUAAAGUGUGGGCUAAAAUUGUACCUACUAAAGUUUAAACUGGAAGAAGAGGAGAAGCCGAUCUCCUCAAAUCCAGGAAACAAAUCCAAAACAUUUUGGAAGGUAGGCUGGCCACACAAAAUAGAUAAACGUCGGCCAAACGCACCAAAUUUAGCGCAAACGUGUCCUGACUCUCCAUGUCACUGGACGUCAGGCAGACUGGAUUUAAAAAAAGGCUGAUCCUUUGUUCUCAAGUGAGAUGAGCUACGAGCGAUUGGCCGAGCGCUAUCGGACGCGCACGGCUAGCUUUACACUCGGCAAAUGCCCUCAAAAUCCGACUCUCUUCCCCCACACCCAGAAAGUAAGCUGGGCGCCAUAGCUUUCUCUAAGACGGGUAUAUUGUCGCUCACCUUGAUCUGCCCAGACGGACAGCGUUUAUUUAUUUAUUAUUUUAAUGCAACGACAGAUUUUCUUUUAAGUUAUUGUUUUUUUUUCCAUUUGAACAGGUUUGAGAAGCAGAAAAUAACCCUUUUUUUUAUAUAUUAUUGGCAAGCUGAACCAAUCUCAGUGGUGCGUCUUUGCCUUUUUGGGAAGGCAUUUUUCGACUGUUAAACUUUUAGGGAACAAAGCAAAGCAAGCCACGUCUUUGUCGUUUAUUAAGAUGCGGAGUAUAGUCCUAUCAGGCAGGUUAAUAAUGGGCAGAAUCAUUUUUUUCCUAGUUCUGCAUAGUUCCUUCUCAUGGUUUCUUCUCUCAACCAACACCUGGUCACGAGACACAAAUUUUUCUUCAAGUGGAAGAAGCUAUUUCCUACGGAUAUUAUUCUCUUCGUCUGGAUCUGUUCUGUAAUUAUGUGGAAUGGGUGCGGACCCAUUCAUUUUCAAUGGGGCCGUAAAAGAGGCGGACAGCACACAGUGAAAAAAAUGGAACAUGUCCUAUUCUUGUCUGCAGCUGCGGACAAGAAUAGACAUUUCUAUUGGGGUACCAGCCCGGUGUUAUGCGGAUUUGCAGAACACUGCGGACGUGUAAAUAAACCCCAAGGCAAAAUUUUUAAUCCUUGAAGUAUCCCUUCAGUUAUAAACACAUUUCCAUUAAUGCAUAGUACAGGUGAAUAUAAGAAACUUUGUAAUAUGUUUUAUUAAAGAAUUAUGUUUCCUCCUGGCUUCUCAGGGUGCUUUCCCCCUCUUAUCUCGAGUAACUCCCAUCUCCAGGCUCACAAACAAAUGUCUAUGGGGAGAGGAGGGGGGGAUGAGGAGGCUGCUGCAAGCUAGUAAGACUAUGUUCACAUCUCCAUUGGGAACUCCAGCAGGCUGCUCUGGCAGAAGUACAACCUGCCAGAGUUCACCGUAUCUGGCAUAGCCGGAUAAUGCCACACACCGCCGCAUCCCUUUUGACUACAAUCGGGCCUGAUGGGGAUCCGGCCACUUUUCGGCACAAAUGCCGUCUUUCAGAUGGACAAACAAUACUGCACGCCUGCCGGAGUUCACAACAGAGAAGGGAUUUCUUACCUCACGCUGAACAGUGCUGGAGCCUUAUUCUAAUAGUGUAGCAGAGGUAAAAAAAACAAAACUGCACUUUGUGUCUUUUGCAUGCUCUCUCCAUUGACAUCUAUGUUAAAAGCAGGAUAAAGCAAAUCAGCCUGAUAAAGGCAAAUAGAAGCCCUUUUCUUUAAUAAGAUAUAUUACAAAGUUUCUUAUAGUCGCAUGCACUAUUCAUUUAUGAAAAGUUGUUUUAUAAUUAGAGGUACGCUUUAAGUUAGUACAUGUUGAUGUCAUAUAGCAUCCGAAUGGUCACUAUCUACUGAAAUGAAAAAAUAUGAUUUUUUUUAAGAUAGUCCUUCUUUUAUCUGCAAGUAUUUUUGAUGGAUUUACACAUCGUGUUUUACAUUGUCACCAAGGUCGUCUUCCCCAACAUUAACCUGUGUUUUUUCCUUUUUUUUUUUACAUGUUAAAACUUGCAAAGCUGCUUCACACUAACGGGGGGGAUAAAAAAAAAUCUACUAUUCCAACCAUCGAUCCUAUUUAUAUUUUGUACGAAUCAAUCUUGUGUAAAUAAUGUUAGAUUUUAUUGCGGUCCUUUUUUGUUUCAUAAGGAUUAAUGUUUUGAAGGUUUUUUUUUUUGUUUGUUUUUCUACCUUCUGAAUUUUAUAUUAAUUUUCCAGCAAUUUUACUAAGCACUCCAUAAAGCAGAAAUCAGAACCCAGAAAUAAUCAGUAAUAAUCGUAAUACAGUGAAUGCACUCUGCAACCCCCUGGAGGGAAAUAUCUCAUGUUUUUUUUUCUUUUUUUAAUUGACUUUUUUAAAUCUCGCAGUGGGGGCAGCUGUCUCACAACCUGAGCCUUUUACUCCGGCGACUGAAAUGGUCGCCUCCACUGUGAGCAAUUCUAAAGAUGGGCCAAUCCAAUGAUGAACUGUUAAUUAUUAACCUGCGACUUCCCCUGAGAUUUUUUAAGACUACCCAAAAAAACUGAGUAAGAUAUUUAACACGAGUAUUUGUAUGUAUAUAUAUAAAUAUGAAGACGAGUUGUGUAAAUAGCCUGACUUAUUAUUGUAUGAAAUUCAUUGGGUUUCUUUUUUGUUCUGAUAAAACGCAAAAAAAAAAAAGAAGGAAAAAAAGGUAUUUUUUGCUUUGCUGGUCAAUAAAAUGUAUUCAUAUGGA